UGCAAAAAAUCUCUGCUUCACUGCUUGUGCUUGAGAAAGAUGCCGAUAAUGACUGCUGCUUGGGCCUUUCUUUUACUCUUUUUCUGUAAUUUGCCCUUUAUUAACGGGCAAGAAACUUCCCUUGUUUUCGUAUCCAAUACUGGUACGCUCAAUUCUCGUGUAUUCUGCCGAGAGGUCAUUCAGUGUGUUGGAGCUGGUACUGAUGUGUUUUGGUCUUUCUUUGGAUUGGGUUCUAUUAGACUAACAGACACAGAAAGUAGAUUUGUUACUACAUCACAGAUGGAAGUGAAUGGGACAAAUUUCAUUACGGCUAAUCUAACAUUUGAUCCAUUGGUUACUAGCCAUGCGAGUAUUUAUGUUUGUCAAGUCGUUGGUCCUGUACCUGCUAGUACUAACAUAAGAGUUGUUGUUGAAGGAGUGCCGGUUGUCAUAUUGUCUGAUAUACCUGAUUAUGAUUUGUCUCAGUUCACUAUUGGCGACACCAUUACUGUAACCUGUCAAGUAGAAACAUGCCUGUCAGAUGUAACAGUCACAUUUUACAAAGAUUCGCAAGUUCUUAAAACAACAACUAUCACGAACAAUAAUCAGAUGAGACUUGCUAUUGCACACACAAUUACAGUAGCUGCUGAUUCUGCUGGAGAAUAUGCUUGUCGUGCUGUAACACAACAGGGUGGCACCCCAAAUGAACUUUUCUCAUUGACAGGUACACCCAUGUCGGCGCCAUCGCCAUCGUCUUCAUCCUCAUCAUCAAGUUUAAGCACAACUUCCACUAGUACCACCAAUAUAGGUGCCAGUGGUACUAUGAGUGUAUCAACCACUGCCAUUAGCACUCCUACUUCCAGUAGUACUAGUACUAUGCCUACACCUACAAUCUCAUCUCCAGCAGGUGCUUCAACACUUGCUGUUGAGUGGACUUUGUUUGUCUCACUAAUAUUAGUCACUGUUCUGUCCUUAAUGAUAUAGUUCAGUAAACCAGUCCCUAAUUAUAGAUUUAUUAUUGUCAUGUACAUGUAUUUGUGACUUGUCUUGACUUGAGUUUGUUUUUUUAAACUUUUUUCAUAUAGAUACAUACAUUAUUGAAUGAUAGUGGUUAAUUGUUUAUUCUAUUAUAAAAGUUAUACUUGUUCAGCCUCCA